AUGACGCGAAACCAUCAGCUCUUCCCAUUAGAAAUCAUUCCAUGUGUUGAUUUCAAAAACCGUCAUCUUUGGAAAAAGAAAGAUCAAAAGUUAAAAAUCCAUCUCAAACCCUACAAUUCAAAUACAGAUAUCUAUAUUGAUGAAUUAAGCUCCAUACCUUCUGGACGUCAAAUCUAUUUACCAAGUAAAAACUUAUAUGAUUGCUUUUACAAUAUUUAUUCCUUUAAAUCAGAUCAAUCAUCAGAAGAUACUGUAAAACAAAUUAAAAACUACGCCAGACACUUCAGAAUUUUAGCACAAUUUGAUUUUUAUCCAUUUGCCACUGCUACAUUAAGAAACAUUGAUACGUUCAACGAACAGUCAUUUAUCAUUAAAACUCUUCCUUCUAUUUCAAUAAAGAUUGACGAAGCAUUUAUAAAUAAUUCAGAUUUCAAUAGCAAGUCUAAAACAGCAGUUGCAGUUGCAGCUGCAUAUUGUCUCAGAGAAUUACAUCAUAGUCAAAACAAAUUUUAUAAAAUGAGUUUGGAUGAUAUUUAUCUUCACGAGAAGAAGGAAGAAACAAAGAUUACAGAUAAUAAUGAUUUUACAGUUCGAUACCAAGAUAAAGAUUAUUUCAUCUGCAUUGAUAACGCUGGCUUUAGAUAUGACCCCAAUCUUAGUUAUAAAGAUGAUAUUAAAGAUUUGGGAAUUAUUCUCGAAAAGCUCAUUAAAGACAUAAAAAAUCAGUCAUUGACACUACUUUAUCAAAGGAUGCAAGAUGAAAAUGAAAAAAAGAGGCCUUCAAUUGAUUUUGUAUGGACUACUUUAACUAACAGCAUCGAAGAAGAAAUACCAGAUGGCUUAAUUGAAUUUGUUAAUGAACAAAAGAAGUCAAAGUUGACAAACAAUCUUUUACCACAAAAAUCAGGUUUAUCUUAUAUACUUAACAAAAAGGAAAGAUCACUUACUGAUGGAUUGAUAAUGCUUGCAACACCACCUGAAAGACAAACUGGUGCCGCUGAAGCCAAGUUUUUUGUAGAUUUCAUUUUAUCAAAUAAAUAUUUCAAAUUUGAAGGAAAAUGGUUUGUAACUAACGGAUUAGAAGAAAAAAUCAAAGAAAUCACAGGAACUUCUGAACCUGAUUAUGAUCAAGAUUACGUUGAUGCGAUAGCAAUUUGGAAUGUUAUUAUCAAAGAAUCAUCUAAUGAACUUAAAGCUGCAAUCCAAGAUCUUGUCAAUAACAAGUCUAAAGUAAAAAGAUUCAUUUCGGAAUCAGAAAUUGAUAAAAUGCAGAAAAGACAUUGCACUGCUGAUAACUCAGGAAAGAACAAAAAAAAUAACGAAAUAUUUAUUCCUCUAAAAUCAAUAAUAGAUCUUGAUUACAUUACAAACCAUCUUGAAAUCGUUUCUCAAAAAGAUUAG